AUGCUUCGCCAACAAGUUCGCUCGCUUCACGCGACUGCUAGAAGAAAUGACUUUUCCAAAAUGACCAUGUUGGGCCGCAUCGGUUCGGAUUUUACCGAGUACACUUCUUCCAAUAACAACAGGUAUUUGAAGUAUAGUCUCGCAUCACAGCCUAGAAGAGAUGGCCCUACCAAUUGGUUCAACGUAACUGUGUUCAAUGAGCACCAGAUUAAUUUCUUGACCCAAUACGUCAAGAAAGGAGCUUUGGUUUACGUUGAGGCCGAUGCUGCCAAUUAUUCCUUUGAGAGGGAAGACGGUUCCAAAGGCACGACCUUGAGCCUAGUUCAAAGUAUGUUCGUUCAUGAGUGGUCUCUACUUGCGUGA